AUGGAGCGGUACGACGAGCUCAAGCAAUGGCGGCGCUCCGCAACCACGGACGCGGGCGAAGAUGCGCUGGAAGGCUGGAGAAUGCUCCGGGAGACGAAAAUGACCUCGAUGGUGUCAUUCCAUCAACGACUUGUGCUGGAGUAUAUCUGUUAUGGCUGUGUUAUCUCGCUGGAAAAGGCAUCUCGGCUGCAAAACACCUUGUACAAGGACCGAGUGGCGAGAAGUAUCCUGGACUCCUCGCGGAGGUAUGCAAUAGAUCAGCUGGCCGCAGACUCUCUUGAGGGAGCUCGAUCAAUGUGUAUUGACACAGCAUAUCGACAUAGAGAGUUACGCCCCAAACUGGUUUGUCAUCUACUGUCCACUCACCGCGACCAUAACCCUUUUCUCGCAUAUAGCGACAAACCCGAUGUCGGUCUCUGCCACGACCGAUGUUGCGUUUAUCCAAUGUGUGCAGGGAUGUUUGGGCGAAUCGAGUACCUGUUCUCGGAAAGCAUCCUGUUGACCAAGAGCGAAGAAUUCGCCAAAACCGCCUCAACUAUUGUCGACAGGGCAAAGAAUCACGAGGCUGGCGACAGCAGGAACAAUAUUAGCAACACCAUUAGCAACGACAGCAACCGCGACAUCCCUUCACAACAAGCCGAAUUGGUGCAGCCGCAGCAGUGGCAGCAGCAGCAGCAGCAACAACCACUCCAGUCUCAGUAUUAG